AUGUUGGUGCAUGUCUGUUCGUGUCGCAAUAAAUACUCUUUGCUUUCAGACGCUGCUGUUGCCGUUGCGUCGAAUGYGACGCCUGGCGCUGACGCAUCCAACCCCACCGCCACCCUGGAGUGCCCCAUAUGCCUACAAACGUGCAUUCAUCCCGCCCGCCUGCCCUGCGGUCACAUCUUCUGCUUCUUGUGCGUUAAGGGCGUUGCCUAUAAGAAUCGCCGCUGUGCCAUGUGUCGUCGUGAGAUUCCAGCCGAGUUUCUGGACCAUCCGCAGCUGGUGAACGGCAUCGAUGACAUCUGUGCCACGCGCGCCACCGAGGAUGGCUAUCAGUGGUACUACGAGGGACGGAAUGGCGGCUGGUGGGCGUAUGAUGUGCGCACCAACGGAGAGCUUGAGACGUCCUACCAAUCCUUCCUCGCAUACAAAGCCAAAAGAGCAAAAGAAGGCAAACCAGUGAAUCGGCAGGAAASUGUGAAUUUAGAAGGCAACUGGAGAGAGAUGUUUGCGACUAUUGAUUAUGAUGAUUGCGAGGAAAUCUCCUCGGACAGCAGUUCGGACGGCCGUCCCRAGGACCCAAGUCGCUGCCAGCAGCUCAUCUGCGGCCAAUUGUAUAUCAUUGAUCUGAUCGAUAUGACGCAAUCGUUGCGCUCGCAGCCGUCCAGAA